UCUUUUAUCUGGAAGAUCAAAUUUCACUAAAGCAAAAAAAAGACUUCAGUACAAGUAAUAUUUACUCUGGUAACAAAAUCAACGUUAGCAGCAAUAUCAAUGUCGGUAAUGAGAGAGAGACUGAAAUAAAAGAUGUGUUGAUAUUAGAUAAUGAUGAAAGAUGA